AUGUUUGCGAACUUAGAAAACAUAGAUAUUUGUUGCGAAUUGCCUGUAGAAACACCAGUUCGGCCACUUAUUAACAUACAAGAGCUAGAUAUUGUGUUCCUUGAUGGCCCCAAGACAGUUAACGCCAAUUGUGAAAUGGAAUCUAAUUUGUUUUUUGGUGCGGAAGACAUGAAUGCAAUAAUAUUAAAUUCUCAGCCCGUUUUAACUGUCAAUGAGAAUGAACAAGAACAAAGUGAAGAAAAUAGGAAUGAUCAAGAUCAAAGUGAAGAAAAUAAGAAUGAACAAGAACAAAGUGAAGAAAAUAAGAAUGAACAAGAUCAAAGAGAUAAACCUGCUAUGAGCUGUACUCAUACUUACAGUACAACCGACGCUUCAUCAAGCACAUGUAUUACUUCAGAUAAUGAGAAAGAAUCCAGUGAAAAUGAACCAAACAAAAGCAUGUCAGUGACAGAUUUAUCUUUUUCUAGUGAGUCUGGAGAAGAAAGCACAAAUAAAAAGAAGAAAAAGAGGACUGACGACAUGUUAAAAGAGAAAAGUGAGGAAUUUAUGGAAAUUAAAAUCAAAUAUCUCAAGGAGAAGCAGGAAGAGAAUCAUAAGAAAAAUUUGAGAAGAAAAUAG